AUAAUCUUGGAACAAUGAAGAAAUUUUACCAAAAUUGUGUCAAAUGUUAGAAUAAUAUCAUGAAUCAAGCAAUAAAUUUUUUGAUGACAUUGAACUCUUUUAGAAAACUACCUAAUUAAUUUGGGUGAAAGAGAACUUUCAGACUUUGCAUUAUUAUUUUGAAGCAAUUAUUGAUGUUUAAAAGACGCAAGUCGUUCGACGUAACCCCGAUGGAAGGGCUCGGGAGCGCCGCUGCCAGCAGGAGCGACGUCCCCCUGGCGACCAGGGACAAGGCAGGUUAUAGUGCAGCUGCUGCAGCAUCAACGGGUUGUGCAGGGGGGCCAGCCACUGGCCCGAGUAGGGCGCAGCUGGUGGGGCCAGCCACUGGCCCGGGUGGGGCCCUACUCGAAGGUCGGCCCGGGAGUGUCAAACUCGAGCGCAGAGUGGGCCUCUGGAGUGGUGUGGCCCUCAUCGUGGGUGACAUGAUAGGGUCGGGGAUUUUCGUGUCCCCGCAGGGAGUCCUGCAGCGCACCAAGUCUGUGGGGCUCAGCCUGCUCAUCUGGGGCCUCUGUGGGGUCCUUUCCAUGUUGGAGCUGGGCACGGCUCUCCCAGAAUCAGGUGCAGAAUACGCCUACUUUCUAGAAGCCUUCGCGCCGGUUAAGAAACGCAAAGAAAAAGUUUUCAGUGACGAGGGAGUACAGAACUUUGUUUUCAGCAGCGAUGAGAAGUUUGAGGAUUCACGCUCAAGUCACGGCGCUCGAACUAGGGCCAUCCUAACAGGGCCUUCAGCGUCCCAAACGAGCUAUCAGUCAACCGCGCAAACCGUUGUCCAUUCAAAUACAGCCAGUCAGACGACUCCGAUUUCAAAAUCCGCCAAUCAGGAAGCUGCUCCCAGGAAGAGUCUGUUCAAGUCGCCGGUUCAUUGGUGCAUGCAGCGCCCGCCGCCUGCCGUUUACAGGGGUGCCUGGUAUCGGCCGUUACCAGCUUUCCUCUUCAGUUGGGUUUCUGUUUUUCUGCUGAAGCCUUCAGCCCUCGCCAUCCUCACCCUGACGUUUGCCGAGUACUUAGUUGAGUGUUUCUCUGUCGGUUGCAUGGACUUCAUCCCACCAAGAACAACCGUGAAGUUGUUUGCUGUCUGCUGCAUUAUGCUGAUCACGUUCAUCAACUCUUACUCGGUAACCCUGGCCACCAAGGUGCAGAAUGUGUUCACGGCGACCAAGCUGCUGGCGAUCCUCGUGAUCGUCGCUGGUGGGAACAAACUCGCCAAAGGCAACACGCAGUACCUGGCGACGGGCUUCACGGGCUCCACCAACAAGCUGGGGGAUGUCGCCACUGCCUUCUACAGCGGCCUCUGGGCCUACGAUGGAUGGACCAACCUGAAUAACGUCACCGAGGAGCUGAAGGAACCGGCCAUUAACCUGCCCCGUGCCAUCAUGAUCGCGUUACCCACGGUAACGCUGUGCUACAUGCUGGUCAACGUCAGCUACCUCGCAGUCUUGAGUCCGGACGAGUUACUCGCCUCGGAAACCGUUGCUGCCGUGUACGGGCACGUACUGCUGGGAACGGCAGGGAAGCUGGUCAUGAUCCUGGCGGUGGUUUUAUCAACUUUUGGCGCCGCUAGCUGCCACGCCUUCACCUCGGCGCGGCUGGGCUUUGCGGCGGCCCGGGAAGGCCACAUGAUGGACGUGCUGUCCUUCGUCCAUGUCCACAGGAACACGCCGUCCGCCGCCCUCAUUUUCAACGCCGCGAUUGCAGUGCUUCUAAUCCUAAAUUCGAGCAUCGCCUCCCUCAUCGACGCUUUGAGCUUCACGAUGUCGAUGUUUCUUGCCGGGGCCAUGGUAGCCCUGCUGGUAUUACGGCGCACCAGUCCAGACAUACACCGGCCGUUUAAGGUGCCGAUCGUUAUCCCGGUGAUCGUUCUGGUUGUGUCUGUCUACCUGGUGAUCGGUCCAAUCAUCGACAACCCUCAGAUCGAGUACCUGUAUGCCUCCUGCUUCAUCCUAGCGGGUGUCGCCUUCUACGGCCCCUUUGUGCACAUGCGCUACGUGCUCCCCGGCAUGGGAACCGUGACAACCUUCUUACAAAUGAUGCUGCUGGUGGUACCAACUGAUCAACCUGACCGUUGAGAUAACUAGGUGCAGAAGCGCAUUGUCCAUAGAAGGCCUGGCACUCUUAUAGAGGAAGCCAGUCGGCAGCUGGAACUAUUGGAGAAAUGUAGUACCCACAGCAGGAGUACGUCGGCCUGACGGUCGAAAGUGAUGGCUGUGUAGUGUGUAAUCAGGGUGUGAUGAUUAGGAUGGCUGUGUAGUGUGUAAUCUGUGUGUACAUGUUCCUCUGUAAUGACUUUGUUACCUACCACUCAUAAUAAGAUA